AUGGCGAUUGUCCGCGGUGACAAGAUAUAUUGGGGAACCGUUAUAUUCGAACAGUUCUGCGAAAUGAUAGUGAAGAAGGAUGGCCAGGUUCAGGCCUUCGCGAUGCAAAUUGUAAAAAUUCUUAAGUUCCUUAAUGUGGAACUUGGUGAAGGUGAACCGCUUCCACUCGCUAACAUUCUUAACUCUGAGAAAAUGAGCAAGAAGACUGCCAAAGUGGCUAAGCCGAAGUCCUCCAGAACGAAGUCCUCAAAAGGAACAAGCUCAUUAGCAUCGGCUGAAGAAAGUUCGAAACAAGAAGAUGCCAAGGGGAAGGCGGUUCAAGCCGAGGCCUCCCAGAAGAAAAAGGGAAGGAAGAAGCAGUCAGCGAAGAAGAGCUCCAACAAGCCGGCUGACUACGAGAAAACUCUCUCCUCGGAUCACUCACCAAAAAGAACCGCAGACGUUCUCCAACCCAUUCCCAUCAACACAGUUCAUCCCAUCCAUGUCGACUCUCCAUCACCAAGGCAAGCCGAACCCUCGGGGAGCCAGGAAACCAAGUCAAACUCGAAGGAGGCAGAAGAGGUUAGUAUUCACUCUGAAAACCACAAGUCCCCAAACAAGAACAUCGAUGAGAUAAUGGUCGACGUAGCUGAUCAGGUUGAGAUACCCGGUCAGAGUGAAACCCAUCAAGUCGAAGAAACGACCACAACUGAGAACAUCAUUCCUCCGGCUCAGGAGGGAAAUAUUGAAGAAAAAGAACCAUCCGGUUCGGCGGGGAACAAGUCGGUUCCAAUUGAAACAACGCUUCAACAGGCCCAAGACGGGCCAGCCGCUUCCACAAUCACACCUGAAGGUCAAACUCAGGUUAACAAAGGUAAAGAAGUUCUUCAUGAGGUUUCUACGGUAAAGGGACAAAGUGUUAUGCAAACCGGUCCACAACCUGUGUCUGUAACCGAAGCCGAGGUUCCCAUUUCAACAGUAGAAGAGAAGGAGAUGUUUGAACAGCUUCUUCUGGAUAUGAACAAGGAUGCUGAAGAAAUGGUCUCAUCGUACCACUUAUGGGUCCAGCUUCGUUGUGAAACAAAGUUAUCAGACAUGAUUCCUGAUAUGAGCGGUAACAAACACUGGGAGAAACUGUUGGAACUGGAAGAAGAGGCUCUCAAGCUAGCAGGUACCAACGUCAUUCAAGCCGCAUUCUCCAAGACGUUGGCGAUUCAUGAAAACGCUCAGCUACAUGCAGUGAAAGAUGCCUUGAGGGAGGCAGAAGGGGCAACAUUAACUCCAAUAGAAUCGAGAAUGUUUGAACGGUUUCACUCAGUGCGUGGUAAACUCUCUUUAAGCGUUGACCGGCUCGAAGCAAAAUGGAGGAACGAUUGCAAACAUUACUUAACCCAUGCCGACCUAUAUCAAAGCAAACCUUUCUUUGCUACCGGAGAGUCCUCCAUAACAGCAGAAAACCGGAGAAGCGAUCCUCCUCAAACUGAUAAGGCUCCGGAACUUGAACAGGUAAAGGAAGCAGUGGUCGGUACACUCAUCUCUUGUCUUGGAAAAUACAGCAUUGCUACCGAUGAAAAGAUUGCAGUCGUUGAAACGAAGUUGACAAAGACCAUCCGGACAUCCAUUCAAUCCGAAACUGCCAACACCACUCAAACAUCGAUCAAGUCGAUGAUAAAUGAAACCGUGCAAACUUCAAUCAAGUCAAUGAUUGCCGAAUCCGUCCAAACCGCAACCGCUCCUUUGAUUGACAUGUUGCAGGCUAUGGCCGCUCAGAUUGAAGAGCUGUCCAAACUUCAAGUAAACAAAACUCAAGCGCAGAUCAGUUCUGAUGCCGAAACUGCAAAGAAACUUCAAGACGAAGAAAAGGAGAGGGAACGGUUAAGGAAGGAGAUUGAGGAAAAAGAUCAUGAGUUGGCCAAACAAUGCAAUGAGGAAGAACAGGCAGCUCUACAAGAACCCACACCGGCUCAACCAUCGCACUCUAUGAAGACAAGGAAUAAGAACAAGCGAAAAGCGGUUGCAGAGGUAAUGAAGUUGGAAGAACGAAACAGUCGAAGAGAGAUUCAACCGGUCAGACUAAACGAAGAACCUCUUGACGAAGAAGAAGAAAAGGACCUCGAAAUACUCAAUCGGCGUAAGAAGAAACCAGUCGAAAUUUCAACCGCAACUCCAAGUAUCAGACCGAUCGUAGCUCAAACGCCUCGCCUACCAAGACUAUAUGAUGAGGUCAUCACGGGUUCAGGAAUUAGCAGUCAAUGGCGUAAGCGUGUAUCAAAUGAAAAGAAUGUUCUCAAAUGGGCAAAAACUUCGGAGGUGUCUGAAGCUCUGAAGAGAAAGGAUCUUAUUAAAGCCUGUUUAAGAGGAAAAGCGCUAUUUCCCAUCCUUGAAGCCAGAAAAGAAAAUUUCAAUCCUAUUGAGAAAGGUGCUGAAGUGGAAGCAAAAAUUUUAAAGAGAUUAGAUGAGAUCAUGGCUGACUAUCUUUCUGUAGUCACUCGAUAUGUUGAUGGAGCUAAUUGCUCAGGAGUUAGCUAUUUUCGUAUUUUCUCCGAUGAAGACGAACCAAUGGAUGUCUCUAUUGAUCAUGCUGAUACAGAUGAGCAAGCGACUACUCUUUUGAUAGAGCUUGGAAAUCUUUCUGUAGAAGAGAGACGUUUACUGGCUCAGCCCGUUGUCGAACAAGAUAAGGAACCCAUUCAAGAGAAUCCAUCCUUAGAAGAAGAAGUAGAAGAAAUUACACAUGAGCCUAAACAAGAUCGUGAAGAAAAUGUUGAUCAAUAUCCUGUUCAAGCUCUUGUAACGCAAGUGGAAGAAAUUCUUGAGGAGCUUGUUUAA